CUCUCUUUCGCCUCCCUGCUGCGAGCAGAGUACGUCUGUCUGUCUAACGUGCUCGGAAGAGGACCUCCAUCGAAGAACACAUGAUGAACGUCAGAGAAGUCAACGCAUCGUGCCUCGAAUUUCUGCUAGGUGAAAUGGUGAAUGUAGUUUCUAGCACUCGAGGAUCCUCUGACGGAGAUGCGACAGACGCGUCGAAGACGUUGGAAGGCAUCGGAUUCACCGUAGGACACAAGCUGAUGGAAAGACUCUGUCAGGGCACCGGCAAACUCAGGUUUGAGGAAAAACCGUCCAGCCUCGAAUAUUGCAAAGACUUGGAAAUAGUCAAAUUCAUCUGCAAGGAUUUCUGGUAUUUUGUAUGGAAAAGACAAGUAGAAGCAUUGAAAACGAGCAAUUCAACCAUUCCCAGAGUCAGGUACAUCCUCAUAGACACGGCCUUUGUCUGGCUGAAAAGGUUCUCCAGUUACUCGUUCGCAGAAACCAAACAACUCGCGGAAAAGUACCUGUGCUUCUCUGCCGGAAUCAUCCGCGGCGCCUUCUCCAACCAGGGCAUACGAGCAAAAGUAGAAGUGUCCAUCAUUCAGCCGGAACUAGAUAAAACAAACAACAAACCGCAAACCGGACCCUCGAAAGCUUUAGGAUGUACUUUCAAAGUGAGCGUGGUACCACUCGAAUCUGGCAUCCCGUGCUCCUCCUCAGACAUCGUCAACAACAAGCUGAUCAAUAUGGAUCUCAAUUGA